AUGAAAUUAGAAAUAAGAAUUGAUAACAUCGUUACUAAAAUAAUAGCAGCAGUCACAAAAUCAUUAUGUUGUUCAUGUAUACUAAGGCAGGAUUGGAUUCAGAAAUAUGAUGCAACAAUUGCAACAAAAUAUGUACAAAUAGCGACCAAAAAAGGAAAAGCUACUGUUAAGAUUGAUCAAGACAGCGUUGAUCUACCUGUUCAGCUAUUAAAAACAAUUCCAAUUAAACUAUAUCAUGAAGUGGUCGUUCAUGCCGUUGUUCCAGUAUCACAAACUAAUCAAUUGAUAUUUCAACCGACUAAUAACAACCUUGCUAUUAUUAUGCCGCAUGCAUUACUACACGUUGAUCAAUAUUUAACAACAUUAACAAUAUAUAAUCCUAACAAUCGCAAUUGUAUACUGUCAAAAAACACGUUUUGGGGCACCGUCAAAUAUUGA